GCGCCCUAUAUGCAGUGAGACGAGAUAGUCCCCGGCGGAGGGAUCUCAGCUAGGGGCGGGAGAGCCUAUAUAAGGGUCGCGCCAGCGGUGUGACGCACUUAGAUCCGCUUGACUCUACGUGACCGUUUGUCUGUCUGGAGCGCCGUCCUUGCGAAAAUGCAGAUCUUUGUGAAAACCUUGACGGGCAAAACCAUCACCCUAGAAGUAGAGCCCAGCGACACCAUUGAGAAUGUCAAGGCCAAAAUCCAGGACAAAGAAGGCAUUCCUCCAGACCAGCAGAGGCUGAUCUUUGCCGGAAAGCAGUUGGAAGAUGGGCGCACCCUGUCCGACUACAACAUCCAGAAAGAAUCCACUCUGCACUUGGUCCUGCGUUUAAGGGGCGGUAACUGAACUUGCUCCUGCUAGCAUCUGAAUAAAAAUUUCACUGCACCUUGUUCCAAUAAAGUUGUUGCAUUCACAA